UCGCUUUAGAUGGUGGAAAGGAGUGAGUGAGUGGUUGCUCCUCUGACUGGGAGGGCUUAGUGGGGACCCCGGUGUCAGAGACUCUGCAGAGAUCACUGCAACUUAUGUCCGGCUCUGCUUUGUCCCUUUCCUGGGAACCAACUGCCUCUAGGAGAUGAGGAAUUUGUGGCCCCAGCAUUGGACUCAGAGGCAGAGGACUGGGUUAUGUGAGCAGCUUGGGGCAGGUGUAAAUUCUGAGGGCAUUAUUUGUGGUCUUCUGGGGUCCUUUUGACUCUGAAAUUUCUCCAGCUCUGUGUUUAGAGAUGCUCCAGGAAGUCACAGCCUUUCAUAGGUGGGAGAACAGAGAAGAAGCUCUAAAGAUAUGGAAGGGCGCUGCAGUCGCUCCUUGCUCUGCUGUCUCGCUUCCCUGCUUCUCCUUGUCCAGCUGUCCACAGAGCAAUUCCAGGUCAUUGGCCCUCGACACCCCAUUUUGGCAGUGCUGGGUGAGGAUGUCAUACUUCCCUGCACCCUAGUUCCAGCCAUGAAUGCAGAGAACAUGGAACUUGGGUGGUUCCGCACCACAUUCUCACAAACAGUGUUCAUCUACUGGAACCAUUGGGAACAGACUGAGGAGCAGAUGGCUGAGUACAGAGGGCGGACUUCAUUGGUGAGGGGCUGCCUUACUGAGGGGCAUGCUGCCAUGCUCCUCCGCCAGGUCCGGGUUUCUGACAAUGGAAUGUACACCUGCUUCUUCAGACAUGGAGGCUUCUAUGAAGAGGCUGAUUUGGAAGUGAAGGUGGCAGGUAUGGGCUCUGACCCCCAAGUGCACAUAGAAGGGCCAGAAGAGGAUGGAGUGUGCUUGGUGUGCAAAGCCCCAGGAUGGUUCCCAAAGCCCCAGGUGCAGUGGAGAGACCUCAGUGAAAACAAGUUCCCAGCGCUUUCUGAAACCCACUCCCAAGACACUGAGGAGCUGUUUAGUGUGGAGGCCACUCUGGUGGUGAGAGACAGUUCUGUGGGGAAUGUGACCUGCUCUGUCCUCAACCCUGUCCUGGGCCAGGAGAAGGCCAUGGCUAUUUACAUCCCAGAGCCCUUCUUCCCUCAGGCUUCUCCCUGGAAGCCAGCAUUUGCUGUGAUCCUGACCAUGCUGGGGCUCCUACUCUUGGGGGCUUGCUAUUUUAUCAGAAAAGCACAUUCCAGAAGGAUGCAGGUGAGGCAGGAAAAGGAGCAUCAGCAGCGGCUUAAGAAGCAGGAACAGCAGGCAAAGGAAGAGGUGCUGAAGACCAUUGAUGAACUCAAGGCAGAUCUCAAUCAGAGGAAAGCUGCUUAUCUCUCUGCCUGGAGGAAGGCCCCCCUGUAUGCAGAUGUGUGUUCUCUCGUAGAUUGGCGGAAGGAACAGUUCCAAGCCUGGUCUGUCACUCUGGAUCCAUUGUCUGCUCAUCACUGGCUUUCUAUCUCUCAUGAAAAGAUGCAUCUGUCCUGGAAGGACCCCAGCCUGUUGUACUGUGAUGAAAAAUGCAGUGUGUUGGGUCUUAAGGGCAUCACAUCAGGAAGAUGGUUCUGGGAAGUGGAGAUAGAGAAUGAACUCUUCAGCAAAUGGACUCUGGGAGUCUGCAGGAAAGAUGUGAGGAGAACAGGCAACUACCUGGAAUUAUCACAAAGGGGGUUUUGGGUCAUGGGGAAAGGUAACAAUAAGUAUUUUGCCCAAACUGAUCCUGAGACUUGUUUAUCUCCUAGGCAGGAUCCCUGCAGGGUGGGGGUUUUCCUGGACUACAGUGAAGGGGAUGUCUCCUUCUAUAACAUGAUUGAUGGGUCCCACAUUUUUUCUUUCCCUCCCAUCUCCUUCUCUGGAGCUCUCUUUCCAUACUUCAUGCUUAGGUAUGGAGGUGUGUCCAUGACCAUCUGCUCCAUGGCAAGUGGGUCUGAGGGGCUCCCUGUACCCCUUAACAAUUUUUCCCCUUUGGAGGAAAUCCUGAGUACCCCAAUGGAGGGGUUCAGCUCAGGUUGUGGUGUUAAUUGUGCUCCCCCAGAGGCUGAAUCUCUGUUACUUCCCUAACACUUCCAGGUUUUGUCCACAUAGAGUGCCUUGCUGUCUGUGAUCCCUCACUGUGGCUCUUCCUGGGGCGACAGACUCCUGGUCGCAAAAGCUCAUGAGAUGAGACUUGGACUGUUCAGUGGGCUUGUCCUUCUGCUUUCUGUUCAGACUUCACAUGUGUGGUUAUGAGAGUUCAGUUCAUAUCUUAUAUUCAGAUAGCAGAAGAUAAAAUUUGGCUGUUUUGUAACUGGUUUAGAGAAUAUGCAAUUUAACUGAGGAGCCCUAUUUUUUGGUAUUAAAAGUUAUUUCAAGCAGCUGUGGCAGUACAUACCUGUAAUCCCAUCUACUGGGGAGGUUAAGGCACGAGGAUCAAUUUAUCCCAAAAGUUUGAGACCAGCUGGGGAACAUAGUGGUACCCUGUUUCCAAAAACAAAACAAAACAAAACAAAUUCAAACAGAGGGGAGAUCAUGUUACUGCACUUGCAAGUGUGUAGAGGAACUUUGAGGUUGAGAAUGAUCCCCAGUUCUAUUUUUGCAGAUUUAGACUAUCAGAUGACAGUCAUUAUCUAAAAAUUUCCAGGGAAAUUGAUAGGUAUGUUAGUCACCUUUUUGUCUCUGUGACAAAAUACUGAGAAAAUCAACCUAAAGGAGGACAGAUUUAUUUUCCUCACAGUUUUAGAGGUUUCAGUCCAUAGUCACCUGGCUCCAUUGUUUUUGAGGGAGAAUGUCAUUUCAUGACAGGGAGCAGGUGGUGGAGCAAGUGGCUCACCUCACAGCAGGCAGGAAGCAAGAAAGGAAGACAGAGGGAAAGGGGGGUGGAGGGAGGCAGGAAGGGAGGUAGGGAGGGAGAGAUAGAUAGAUAGAUAGAUAGAUAGAUAGAUAGAUAGAUAAGGGGCCAAGACAUAGUCUUCAAGGACACAUCCAAGUUAUCUACUUCCUUCCUGUUUCCUAGUCCCCACCUACUGAGGUUCCUACCACUUCCCCAAAAGGCCACCAGCUGGGGACUAAGAUUUUAACAUGUGAGCCUUUGGAGGAUAUUUCAGUUCUAAAGUACAAUAAAUGAUGGAGUUUUAAGAGAAGAAAGAGUACAACAUUCUAUGUUAUCUGCUUCCUAUUCUGGGAUGAAUGGAAUAUACCCAUUUUUCCAUAAUUCAAUAGCUUUCUGGACACAAUACCUUUAUUUAGUUAUUUUUUAAUGUGGUACUGAGGAUCAAAGCCAGUUCCUCAUACUUGCUCCAACAGUGAGCUACAGAUGAGACCAGUUGUUCUGACUUGGGGAGAGACAAUAAAGUUUGGGAAUUGGAAGAUAGAAAGUACAUAUAAUUACACUGUCCAUCUAUAAACAAGGAUUGUAAUAGCUUUGUAUAUUUUCUCUUUGCUUGGGGUGUAUAUGUGUGUAUUUUUAUGUAUUGACCAUUUGCUUCCUCUCUCUUCUUAUAUUCAUAAUUUUAUAUACAAAUUGUUAUCUUUAGGUAACAGUAUAGUCAAUGGGACUGAGUGAAUUUGAAGAGUAAAUACUAUAGCAGUGUAGUGUACAGUGACUGGGAGUGCUUCUUAUGUUGGGGAACAGAUGAAAACCUCUUCAUUUUCAGGGGCUUUGUCAUGAUAGAUUUGUUGUUUUAUGGAAGUUCAAAUGGUUGUAAAAUGGUGUAACAUGUAUGCAUACAUAAAGUAUAAAGUCAAAGGUG